AUGUCGUCCAUCUGGAGGCUGUUGUCAGUCACUGCAUUGCUGUACGGCAUCGGACAAGCCGUAGUCAACUCGAAAACACCUCAGAUAGGUUGGAAUAGCUGGAACACUUUCAAAGCCGAUAUCAACGAAAGCGUGAUCAAACAGCAUGCAGAUCUCUUAGUCUCGACAGGCUUGCGAGAUGUCGGCUACAAGUAUCUCAUUCUCGAUGAUGGCUGGCAGAACAGUUCACGAGCAGCCGACGGUCGUCAGCAAGCCAACACCACUCGUUUUUCCAGCGGCAUGGCAGGUUUGGGCAACUACAUCCAUGAGAAUGGGCUGAAGUACGGGAUCUAUAGCGACAACGGCAUCCUGGGAUGUAAUCCCAACUCCCCCGGCUCCUGGGGGUACGAAGAGCUCGACGCUGCGACGUAUGCCUCGUGGGAAGUCGAUUACCUCAAGUACGACAACUGCGGUACCUAUGAGGCCGGCACACACUCGCCGCCAGCUCGAUACCGGAUCAUGCGAAACGCCCUUCUGGACGCCGGCCGCGACAUCUUCUAUUCCAUCUGCCAAUGGGGCGACCAGUUCCCUUGGUUCUGGGCCGAUCAGGUCGGCCACUCGUAUCGCAUGAGCGGCGAUAUUACAGAUAUGUUCUCUGAUAGAGACGAGGGCUGCGAUUGCCGAACCGCAUACUGCUUGAAUACCGGGUACGCAGGCUGCAGCGUCAUGACCAUCAUACGCAAGAUGCGGGAGAUGUCUCAGUUCCAGCACUCUGGGUCGUUUGCCGAUAUGGAUAUGCUGGAGAUUGGAGUCGCCAACAUGACGCUCGAGGAGCAGAGGACGCAUAUGGCUGUCUGGGCCGCGCUUAAGUCGCCACUGAUCAUCGGCGCCGAUCUGACGAAGAUCUCAGACGAGAGCUUGGGUGUGCUGAAGAACGAAGCCAUGGUCAGCAUCUGCAAGGAUGAACUUGGGACGGCUGUUAGAUAUCUUCCAACCCUGAGUGAAGAGGAUAGCUCGCAGGUGUGGGCUGGUCCGUUGAGUGGUGAGCGGACCCUGAUCUUGAUUUUCAACGAGCUGGAGAGGUCGCAAAACUUCAGUCUGGCUCUUACUGAAGUGCCGGGGCUUGGAGGGCGAGGCCAGUACCAAGUGACUGAUGCUUGGUCGCGAAGGCGGCACGACGUCUCAGGCCCGAGCAUGUCAACCAGUCUCCGCAGCCAUGAGACCAAAGUACUUGUGUUCUCCUAG